AUGGUGGACACUCGGUUGACGCUGACGCAGGCCAGAGACGCCAGAGACGAAAUGCGGCCGCCUGGUGAAGUGGAAAUGAGAAGGGCAGGACGACAUCUUAUGUGUGAGCCCAGCGACGGCGAACCAGGUCAAGAACACGAAGCGCUGGGAGCCCAAGCAAUUACACACGGCCAGGCGACUCGUCGAUACCGGUUUGAUAGCAGGACCCUCGUCGUCCUCCGGUCCGCCCUCCUGCAGCUGGAGACAAGGCGCCAGUCACGCCAGCAGCUUGUCAAAGCUCGUGUGGAACCGCGGCCGCCACACCCACACACCACACGGCGAUGGGGGGUGCGGAUUGCCCAGCAAGGUUAUGACGUUUCUGCUGCAGCCAGACGCGUGACGCACCGGCACAAAUUCGUCAAGCCAAGCAGACAGAUAGUGUCAACCAGCUCUACGGUAGGACGGAGAGCUCCUUUUGCAUCGGCGCGUGGCAUGGCGGCACGCACGCGACGCCGGGUCGAAAUGCGAUGGGGCCACAAUCUGCAUGUCGCUGCCGGGACUUCGCGCCGGGGUGUCUCUGCGACGCUAGAGCCAACGUCAAGGGUCGCCGGGCGGUCGACAAAAAUAGGCAAGUUACCAAGGAGCUGUGUCGGCGCUCCAGACGGGAGCGCAACGAGGACGGCACGAGCGGCGAGGACUGAGGACCCGGGUUGCCAAGCAACAGACUGGAUGGCUUGCCCGAAUCUGAUCUCGCGGCUGCGAGAUGAAAUGAAAAUCUCGCCAUGCGCUCCUGACGUCGAUCGCGGCGACGGCGCAGGGCGAGCUGAAGGCACGGACAUUGCUGUUAUCCGACGCCAAGGCAGGGCCCCGGAACAGCGAUGCCCUGAGGCCGCCACCGUGUUUUACGACGCACAAGCACGAAGGAGAGGGGAGGGUGUGUUCGGGUCGGGUGGCCGUGCAGAGCGGCGCAAGGAAUGCGGAUGGGUGUUCUACGAGGCGACGAGCAUGGACGACGAGGGCGGGCGGUCACGGCUCCGCUGA